AUUUCCAUCAUAGGAAUGAUGCAUAAUCAAAGAUAUUUGGGGAUUCUGCAGUUUGGAAUUUUUGUAUGGAUGUCAUUUUGUAUUAAAGACUCGUUACAGGGGGAAUAUCAGCGGAAGUUGUACAAGGAGUUGAUGGAGAACUAUAACAGACUGGAAAGGCCUAUUCUCAAUGAUUCUGCACCCAUAGUGGUGGAUUUGGGACUCACACUUCUUCAAAUCAUAGAUGUGGAUGAAAAAAAUCAAGUAUUAAUAACCAACGCCUGGCUACAGCUGUCAUGGACGGAUAUCUAUCUGAGCUGGAACCCUGAUAACUAUCCUGGUGUUCAGACCCUGCGCUUUCCAUCCAGUCAGAUCUGGACACCUGAUAUUCUACUCUAUAACAGUGCUGAUGAGAGGUUUGAUGCCACCUUCCAUACGAAUGUCCUAGUUAAUGCAUCGGGCUCAUGCUUGUACAUACCACCAGGUAUUCUGAAGAGUACAUGUUACAUAGAUGUGCGCUGGUUCCCAUUCGAUAUACAAAAGUGUGACCUAAAGUUUGGCUCUUGGACUCAUAACGGCUGGAUGCUGGACCUACAGAUGCAGGCAGUGGACAUCUCUACGUACAUCCCCAAUGGAGAGUGGGAUUUAGUGGGUGUCCCAGGAAAGCGUAAUGAGCUGUAUUAUGAGUGCUGCAAAGAGCCGUACCCUGAUGUGACAUUUACAGUAACAAUGCGCAGGCGAACACUGUACUAUGGUCUGAAUCUGCUCAUUCCCUGUGUGCUUAUCUCUGGUCUGGCUCUGCUAGUGUUCCUGCUGCCUGCAGAUUCUGGAGAGAAGAUAUCACUGGGGAUCACUGUCCUCCUGUCAUUAACAGUCUUCAUGCUGCUGGUGGCUGAGAUCAUGCCAGCCACAUCUGACUCUGUUCCUCUCAUAGCUCAGUACUUUGCCAGCACUAUGAUGAUUGUGGGCUUGUCAGUUGUUGUCACCGUCCUUAUCCUGCAGUUUCAUCAUCAUGAUCCACAAGGGGGCAAGAUGCCAAGAUGGGUGCGGAUAAUCCUGCUCAACUGGUGCGCAUGGUUCUUGCGCAUGAAGAAGCCAGGUGAGGAACGGAAAGCCAGCUACAAAUAUGAACACUCUCCAGCACACCAUGCCAGUGCAAACUGCAUUCAGAUGGGGGUUAUGCCUGUUCAGCCAUCCUCUACCAACUCCACAACCAAUGGCCACAUGAACCUUUACUUCGGCUACCACUCCAUUGAUAGUGCUUGCUGCCCACCCAGCAGCGACUCCGGUGUGUCUUGCAGUGGAGGGCAAAUCGGUGGGUCGCCCAACGAGGAACAGCGUGAGGCAGUUAGGAUGUUUGCAGGUGAGCAGGAGAUCCAUCGCAUUCUGGCAGAGGUGAUGUACAUUGCCCAACGGUUCCGUGACCAGGAUGAGGCAGAGGCAAUCUGUAGUGAAUGGAAAUUUGCAGCAGCAGUCGUGGAUCGGCUCUGUCUGGUGGCGUUUUCUCUUUUCUCCAUCAUCUGUACCUUUACCAUUCUCAUGUCUGCACCAAACUUCAUUGAGGCAGUCUCAAAAGACUACACAUAAUCACAAUAUCAUUGCAUUUGAUUUUGUUCUUUUGUUGUUGUUUUUUAGACAAGUUAAAUAUAAUAAAACAGCACUACGUGAUUUAGUGUGAGAAGUGUCUACCAAAGUUGAUUUCUUCCUCUCUCAUCAUUCUGAAAUCAACGUGAACAAUUGUUACAAAAAUUAAGAAGAAACGAAAAAGUGUGACUGUUCAAACAAACAUGCAGACCCUUGGACAAGCUGUUUGGAUGAUAUUUUUUGUCUU